AUGGCUAACCAAGCUAAGCUAGUUGACCAUGAAGUCUACCGCGAUCCUGUGGACGGUACGUUGGGAACAAAUGAAGGGAAUCUGUGAAUAUGAUCUUUGCUCGAUUUCGUUAUAUCCAACCGAUGCUCCGUUUCCCUUUUCAUUUUGAAGAGUGCAACGGGUGCCUGCAUUUAGGAGCCUAAAUGAGUUACAAGCGAAAUAGUGUGUGCCAACUGGAGACCUCUUCGUAACUGGCGCGGUCGCCUGGCACAACCCCUUUCGUCCGCCCUCUCUACUUCUUCUUCUUCUUCCCCUUCUGCUCCUUUUAAGCUCAAAGGGUCUCCGCUGCGUGUUUAUAUUCGUCAGACGCUUUUAUCUACCUGCGUGGAGAUAUCAAGUCGUACUGAUAUCAAACGACCGCCAACAUUUUUCCAUUCAUUGCAUUCGGUGUCGACCCACCUACAAUGUCAUCGCGUAAAGUGGUCGAGUACAAAAAAGUGACCACCUUCGGAAACAAUGAGGUUACCGUACUUGAAACUACUAUGGAGCAGCGGAACACGCAUCGUGUUGUUAGGACUAUAAACGGUUCUGCAGUCGAGAUUAAUCAUCAUGACAAUGGAGAACUUAAAUAUCAUGACUUCAACUCUAUUCCUAUUGAUAGACAACCAGGGAACAAAGGUUCAUAUUCACAGAGUUCCAUAGAUAGCAAUGAGCGUACUAAUGCGUUUGUUUUUCAGAUUUCGAGUUGAACUACCAGGAAUAUCUGCCCGAGGAGGAUGGAGUGAUUACCAAAGCUCCGAAAACAAAGACCAAUCGUGGGCUGAGCUGCCGUAUGAAAGGUUGGAUCUCUGCUCUAAGAUUAAUAAUCUGACAAGUGAGCUCUCUUUUCAGGCUUGUUUGACGGAUUCGGAGGAAAUGAACUGAAGAACGUGAUGCAUCACAUGCAUCGUCGUCAUCCACGCAAUGGACAGGCAUUCACCAACUUCAUGCUUUCCGGAAAGAUGGAGAAGGUUAUGGACCAACACGUGCGCGACUGCAUUCAUCACUUUGCGAGAAUACAUCCGGAUACUGGGCAUAUAAUGGGAGCCAUUCGUGGAAACGACUUUUUCAACUUUGGAGGGCUUCACAAUAGUCUGGGAAACACUGGAAAAGUGUACCUCGAUAACCUGAUUCGUGGAAAAUGUGGAAAGCGCAAGGUGCAUAAGUUCAAGCCUAUCAUCGAAGAAUUGGACUUUGGAUCGGCAACGUCUCCAGGAAAGCAGCCAGCUACUCCUGCUCCUGCCGUUACUCCCGCCGCUCCUGCGACUCCUGCUACUCCUGCGGUUCCCGUUACUCCGGCCAAGCCAACUGUUCCGGAGAAGAAUGUCACCGAGCCGGUGUAUCCGACAAUCACUGAUAAAGUCAGUGACUUCGGUCUCGACUUCGAAACGGAAAGAGAUAAGUGUCUUAGUAACAAGACACUCUUCGAAGAUCCCGAGUUUCCGGCAAAUGACAAGUCUAUCUACUACCGUACUCCACCAAGCGCCCGUAUUAUUUGGAAGCGUCCAGGAGAAAUCAUCUCCAACCCUCAGCUGAUUGUCCAAGGAGAAUCCCGUUUUGACGUCAAGCAGGGAGCUCUUGGGGACUGCUGGUUCUUGGCGGCCCUUGCCAACAUCACUCUCUACGAUGCUCUUUUCUAUAGAAUGGUUCCACCGAACCAAAGUUUCACCGAGAACUAUGCCGGAAUUUUCCACUUCCAGUUCUGGCAUUACGGAAAGUGGGUCGAUGUGGUCGUCGACGAUCGUCUGCCCACUGUGAACAACCAGCUUUACUAUCUCCACUCUCAGGACAACACCGAGUUCUGGAGUGCGUUAGUUGAGAAAGCCUACGCCAAACUUCACGGAGGAUACGAAAACCUGGAUGGCGGCACCACUGCCGAGGCUUUAGAAGACUUCACUGGUGGUCUCACCGAGUAUUUUGAUCUGCGUAAAAGUGAUAAAGCUACCGUACUUGCUGCUCUUGUCAAGGGAAUGGAAAUGGGAUCGCUGUUCGGAUGCUCUAUUGACGUUAGUUUAAGAUUACAAAAAAUAUAAUGAGACCGUGUUUCAGGCUGAUGCGAACAUAAAAGAAGCGCAACUCAGUACUGGGCUUGUGUGCGGUCACGCAUACAGCAUCACGGCCAUCCACAAUAUCACCUAUUCUGGGGAAGACCUCACUCUGCUGAGACUAAGAAACCCUUGGGGAAAUGAGAAGGUUAGUGUUCAUGAUUCAAUUGCGAAUCAGUCUUAUCUAAUGCUCUAAGGAGUGGAAUGGAGCUUGGAGUGAUGGUUCUUCGGAAUGGCAGAAGAUUGACGAAGCUACCAAGAAGCAGAUUGACGUACAGUUCGCAAGAGAUGGAGAAUUCUGGAUGAAUUUCUACGACUUCUUCGCCAACUUCACCCAAAUGGAAAUCUGUAAUCUGACUGCCGACAUCUUCGAUGAAAUUGCGGAGAUGACUGGAGUGAACAGAACCGCGGAGACUGAAGAGGAGCAUCAAUGGAACGAAGUGAUGCAUGACAGCGAAUGGAGUUCCAAGAAGGGAACUGCUGGAGGAUGCAACAACAAUCCGACCACUUAUCCAAAGAAUCCUCAAUUCGCCACUUGGUUCACAGCUCCGGAGUCAUCGAUUGAGGGUGAUGGUAAUGUGACCGUCAUCGUCGCUGUACUCCAGAAGUACAGAAGAGAGUUGCGAGCCGAGGGAAAGGAUCUUCUUCCGAUCGGAGUGUCCAUUUAUCAGUCAACUGAUUCUCGCCAAGCUCUCAAUUCGCAAUUCUUCUCUCAAAACCGUCCUGUCGCGCGUACUUCCGUGUUCAUCAACACCCGUGAAACGACUGUCCGCUUCCGCGUUCCUCCCGGAAAAUAUGUCAUCGUUCCAUGCACCUUUGACGCCUAUGACGAUGCCGAAUUCUUGCUUCGCGUCUAUGCUAACGGAACCUUGAAGUCCAUGUGAGUUUAUACCGUUCGUAAUACUUUGUUCAGAAAUUUUCAGUCUGCUGUAA